AUGAGGCCGUCGAUAGUUAUUGUUUAUUUUAUCGUCCUCGCGAUCGUCGGAGGCGAGUUCAGGCUUCGCGGAAAGGUAAAGAAACGGCCGGCCGCACAUCGGAGACACAGAGCCGUUCUGCCGCCGUGCAAUUUCAAUGAGAGCCUCGUCGAGGACGAAUGGGCGCUGAUGGAAGCGAUAGCGCACUCCAAGUUUAUUUUUACAGGUAAAGUUUUGAGUGUGAGAAAAUACAGAUCGGGCCGCGACGCUCGUAAGAAAAGAUCUAAUCUCUAUACGAUAUAUUUGCGGCGCGUUUUAAAAGGGGAGGUCGGGGAUUUCACGAUAUUCCUAAAGCAAGAUGGAUCGGAGAGUUUAAGCGGUUCCACUUUGACGGUGGAGCGAACUCACGCGAGGGAGAACUGCUCGCCUGGGCCUAGGGCGAGGCUCUCUGCGAUCUUUUUGAGCGACGGGAAAUUUGACGAGAACGAGGGAGGUCCGACGCCCAAACUGCGGCUGUUGACUGAUCCUGUGCCGUUGACUCUAUAUCACCUGGACCGGAUUAAUGCGGCCGUAAAAGGUAAGUCAUGCGCGUCACUAGAGGCGCCCCGCGGCGUUACUCGCGUUCACAUCGGAUUUAGAAAUAUGUAA